AUGACAAUUUACUAUAAAUGAGUCUUAAAAAUCAAUUUAAAUUUCACUUAUACAAUUUUAAAAGGCUGAGUCCUACAAAAAUGAUAAUUAUAAUUCUUUCAAUUAGAAAAAAACAGCUUAAUAUAGCUUUAGUCCUAUCUAAAAAGUAUAUAAUAAUAUGGAACAAGUAAACAAAAUAUUGCAAGACUUGACCCAUCGCACCAAAAAUAUGCCAGUUCUUAAAGACAUUUCAGCAAAGACUGGAUUGGAAACCGGUCAUAUUGUAGCUGGCUCUGGUGUUCUCUUGCUUAUCUGCAUGCUUUUUGGCUUAGGUGCCUCCCUGAUCACAGAUAUUAUCGCAAUUCUGUAUCCCGCCUAUAUGUCUUUCAAAGCAAUAGAAUCAGCCGAAACCGAUGACGACAAGCAGUGGCUUACAUAUUGGGUUGUGUUUGCCAUCUUCAAAGUUAUUGACGACUGGUCUGAGAUUCUCUUUUCCUGGCUUCCCUUUUAUUAUCCUAUUAAGCUUGCGUUCUUGAUCUUCUUGUUUGCGCCACAAACACGUGGAGCUUUAACAAUAUAAAAAAAAUUUACCUGAAAAUUAUAAUAUUUUAUAUAGGAAAUAGAAAAUUUUAUAUAUAAAUAAUGGAGUAUAUGAAACAGCAAUAAGGCCUGUUCUUAAAAAACAUAUGGAAGAUAUUGAUGCAAGCAUUGGCCAAGCUAUGGAUAUUGGGGAAAAAGUAGCGACAAUAGCAAAGGAAGAAGCUAUUAAGCAAGGAACCAAUAUAGUGAUUAAGAAUAUGACUCAAACUUCUAACUAA